AGAGGCAGCUUUAUGAUAUAAGCUUUGUAGAAGUUUCGCUUCAUUGAACGUCGACACUGUGACGUUUUUGAAACUCAACCAUGCGGCACUGGCUAGCUUUUCUUGCGUUAUUCAUCGCUACGCCUUUACAAGAAUUAGAAGCUCAACCAUUUGCACAUAACAUAGGUGGACAGCCAAGGAAGAAAGCGAACAACAUUCGUAAUAAAAAUGUUAAUAUCAUUGUCAAUAUGGAUCCAAAACAAAUUGCGAGUGAAUUAUGGAAUGUUAUCAAAGAACAUUUGGGUACAGCUAGUGCAAAGGAUGCAGCCGUCACCAUGCGAGAAAUAGAAAGCGUUAUUACUCCAGUGGUAAAUCCUAGUCGUCGAGGAGGUGUCAUUCCUGUGACUCAAAUUGCUGACGAUCUUGAAACUAUCACUCGUCGACUUAUUAUCAACGAAAAUCCAAGCAUAGAUCCAAUGAAGUUAGAAACAAUUACGAAGGAAGUUUCAUCAGAUCUUAUGGCCUCAUUGCAAAGCUUCUGGUAUGGAGUGAAUAUAGAUGAUAAAGAAAGUAAACGAAAGAAGUCUAUCGAUUCUCAAAAUAAUAAUGUUGUAACAAGUCAUCAAAAACAUGUCGAGCAGUAGUGCAUCAAAAUUGAUCUUACCCAUAGUUCUAUUUCUUUUAAUACAAUGUCACAAUUCGGAAGCAGGAAAAAUGGCCAAUUUAAUGCAAUCUAUUUUAGAUACAUUAAAAAGUAUCGAGAGUCUAUUAAAAGAUGAAAAUGCAGUUGUUGAUAAUAAAUCGGCAAUUACUUAUGAAACUGUAAAUGGUGGAAAAAUUAAUGCAGAAUUAAUUAAGUUAAAUGAAAACUUUAAUUCGAAUACUAAUAAUACUAUUGAUGAGGUAACUGAAAAACAAAUGGAAGAAGAACCAACAGAAAAUACAUUUUCAUCAUUUAAAGAAAAGCAAAUUCACAAAAAACUUGGGAGAAGAAAUUCAAAUGCUAAUCAAAAUAUAAAUCAAAAUAUCAAUCAAAAUCAAAAUACCCAUUGGCCAAAACUUCGUUCAAUUAUGGAAAUGAAUGAUCCAAAAAAAAAAAUCAAAUUGAUCGCUAAAAAUAGUAACAAUGAAAGCGAUCACAAAAAUGAAGAUAUAGUGAAACGCCUUUUUGAACCAUCAAGCGAGGAAUUUGAAUGAUGAGUAUUGAAAGAGAAAUGAAGUGUAAAGCCUAUGAUGUUUGUAGAUAAAA